AUGGACGGACCACAGAGUGAGCUCCACACUAUGGACGAACCACCGAGUGAGCACUACACUAUGGACGGACCACAGAGUGCUUUCAGGGCAGAUUGCAGCCGCCCGAAGACAGCCCCCCUCUGUGAUGUAGAUCAACACCUGAUAAAAGGCUAAUUAAGAUGAAAAAUAUCUGCCUUCACUGCAACCUCCCCCAGAUCGACACAUCCUUCUUGACUUGGAGCUGUUCACAGGAAGGAUCAAACUUCUUGAACUCCACUUGUAUUUAUUGUGAUCAUGUGACAAUAUACUGUAGGUUAAGACAGCAUGAGACUGAAGGGUCUUGGGUGAGAUUAUCCAUAUUUAAGGGUCUUGGGUGAGAUUAUCCAUAUCUUGUGGUGUCAGAAGAUAGCUGAGAGGAAAUUGGAGGGCAUAGAAAGCUUGAAAACCUCCCCUACGUGGCUGUCCAUGACAAUGGUGAAGGUAUGAUUGAAUACUAAGAGAGACACUAGCCUGGUAUAGGCUGUGUAUUGCUUAGAAAAGCCACUGAGAAAGUUGGGUUGAACAUUCCUCUUCUUCUUGAGAGUGAAACUGACUAAGGCUGGGAAGUGUUGUGAUGAUGAGUCAGCGGACAGGGCACGAUGCUAUCAACAGAUUAUCACACUUCCUGAUUUACCACAAGCGUAGUCUCUCUCUCUGCCAGGCAUCCCACUCAAAUCUAGAACGUGCUGGCUGGGGUCGAGGCUAUGGGGGCAGCAUAGAAGGAAUGAUGUAGUGAACCGAAACUAACCAGGUGUUCUCUCCCACAGGUGGAGGUUCUGGAUGGCAGGACAAGGCAACAGCUGUGUUUUCUAGAUAAGGUACAGCAUUUGGCUAUCUGGUUACCUGAUCACAAUAUGGACACUCCAAUCAGAAAUUAUUCUGAUUGAGCUUGAAAUCCUCUAGUCAAUAUUCUUGCGUAUUGACGUAUUUGGUCUUUAUUUCCAGGUGGAGCCCCACGCCACAAUAGGUGAAAUCAAGAGUCUUCUUCACAAGUCAUGUAAGUAUUGAUAUGUCGUUAGUAAUUAUCCUAUAAUUGAUAAACCGGUCAUGAUAGAAUCUCUAGUAUCAAUAACUUCAUAAAAGGUUAAAAAAUAUAUAUAUCACCUUUGAAAAUAUAUCGGCUGUACAGUGUGUGCUCAACUUGAUCUAUGUGAUCAACAGAUUUUUUUUCUGAUCAAUUAAACUGUGAGAGAGCUAGUCGGAUGAAUCUAAAAUAUCCCAUCAGAUAAAAACAGUUCAGUGUGUGAAGUUUGGAACGGUUGUACUCUUCACCUGAAGUCUACUCCAUUGUGAUGAAUUACUGCCAUAGGCCCGAAACUAAACUCUGUGUGUUUGUGUUUGUGUUUGUGUGUGCGUCAGAUCAACAGCUGUAUCCAGCCAGACAGGACCUCAAGCUUGACCCCAGUAAGUAAAUAACGUGUUUAUGAUUACUGGUACUGUUAGUGUUGCUGAAGUGUAUUUUUGUUGUUGAUGUUUAUUGUCACAUACACCAAAUACACUAUGUGUACACACGUAUGUGGACGCCCCUUCAAAUUAGUGGAUUCGGCUAUUUCAGCCACACCCGUUGCUGACAGGUGUAUCAGCUUUCUGCCCUGCUAGAGCUGCCCCCCGGGGUCAACUGUAAGUGCUGUUAACGUGAAGUGGAAACGUCUAGGAGCAACAGCGGCUCAACCGCGAAGUGGUAGGCCACACAAGCUCACAGAACGGGACCGCCGAGUGCUGAAGCGCGUAGCACGUAAAAAUAAUCUGUCCUCGGUUGCAACACUCACUAUCGAGUUCCAAACUGCCUCUGGAAGCAAAGUCAGCACAAUAAUUGUUAGUCGGGAGCUUCAUGAAAUGGGUUUCCAUGGCCGAGCAGCCGCACACAAGCCUAAGAUCACCAUGCGCAAUGCUAAGCAUUGGCUGGAGUGGUGUAAAGCUCGCCGCCAUUGGACUCUGGAGCAGUGGAAACGCGUUCUCUGGAGUGAUGAAUCACGCUUCACCAUCUAGCAGUCCGAUGGACGAAUCUGGGUUUGGUGGAUGCCAGGAGAACGCUACCUGCCACAAUGCAUAGUGCCAACUGUAAAGUUUGGUGGAAGAGGAAUAAUUUUUUCAUGGUUUUUUAUUUAUUUUUUAUUUAACCUUUAUUUAACCAGGUAAGCCAGUUGAGAACAAGUUCUCAUUUACAACUGCGACCUGGCCAAGAUAAAGCAAAGCAGUGCGAUAAAAACAACAACAACACAGAGUUACAUAUGGAAUAAACAAAACGUACAGUCAAUAACACAAUAGAAAAAUCUAUAUACAGUGUGUGUAAAUGUAGUAAGUUAUGGAGGUAAGGCAAUAAAUAGGCCAUAGUGCAAAAUAAUUACAAUUGAGUAUUAACACUGGAAUGCUAGAUGUGCAAGAGAUGAUGUGCAAAUAGAGAUACUGGGGUGCAAAUGAGCAAAAUAUAUAACAAUAUGGGGAUGAGGUAGUUGAGUGGGCUAAUUACAGAUGGUCUGUGUACAGGUGCAGUGAUCGGUAAGCUGCUCUGACAACUGAUGCUUAAAGUUAGUGAGGGAGAUAAGAGUCUCCAGCUUCAGAGAUUUAGUGAUUCUAGUCGGGCGGGCGGGUGCAAGCAGCGUUCUAUUGAAGAGCAUGCAUUUAGUUUUACUAGCGUUUAAGAGCAGUUGGAGGCCACGGAAGGAGUGCUGUAUGGCAUUGAAGCUCGUUUGGAGGUUUGUUAACACAGUGUCCAAUGAAGGGCCAGAUGUAUACAAAAUGGUGUCGUCUGCGUAGAGGUGGAUCUGAGAGUCACCAGCAGCAAGAGCCACAUCAUUGAUAUACACAGAGAAUAGAGUCCGCCCGAUAACUGAACCCUGUGGCACCCCCAUAGAGACUGCCAGAGGUCCAGACAACAGGCCCCCCAAUUUGACACAUUGAACUCUAUCUGAGAAGUAGUUGGUGAACCAGGCGAGUCAGUCAUUUGAGAAACCAAGGCUAUUUAGUCUGCCAAUAAGAAUGCGUUGAUUGACAGAGUCGAAAGCCUUGGCCAAGUCGAUGAAGACGGCUGAACAGUACUUUAGGACCAUGAGCGUGGCUGAGGUGCACCCAUGACCAGCUCGGAAACCAGAUUGCAUAGCGGAGAAGGUACGGUGGGAUUCAAAAUGGUCGGUGAUAUGUUUGCUAGGCCCCUUAGUUCCAGCGAAGGGAAAUCUUAACGCUACAGCAUACAAUGACAUUCUAGACGAGUCUGUGCUUCCAACUUUGUGGCAACAGUUUGGGGAAGGCCCUUUCCUGUUUCAACAUGACAAUGGAAGAACUUGACUGGCCUGCUCAGAUCCCUGAAUUCAACCGCUUCGUACACCUUUGGGAUGAAUUGGAACGCCGACUGCGAGCCAGGCCUAAUCAGCCAACAUCAGUGCCUGACCUCACUAAUGCUCUUGUGGCUGAAUGGAAGCAAGUCCCCGCAGCAAUGUUCCAACAUCUAGUGGAAAGCCUUCCCAGAAGAGUGGAGGCUGUUAUAGCAGCAAAGGGGGGACCAACUCCAUAUUAAUUGUUGGUGCUGGAGAAAAUGUUUGACAUUUCCAUAUAAGUGCCUCGCUGAAGCUCACAUCGACCAAUUCUUCACCUUGUCGGCGCAAGUAUUCAAACCAGCUAGGGGAUUCGAACCAGCGACCUUUCGGUUACUGGCCCAAUUAUCUAACCACUAGGCUAUCUGCUAACGUACUGAAGUGUUCCUGGAGUGUUGAGUUAAUCAGCUUCACAUCCUCAUUUGUUUUGAAACAUUUUAAUUGGAAUACUUUCAAUAUUUAAUACAAUAUAAUGUACGAAGUUCACAAGCUAAACGGCUAAUAUAUUCUCUGUUGUCCCCGAUGUCAACAUGAGAUGAGGUGAUUGGGUUGUAAACUAGCAUGUACACUCUUAAAGACAUGCUCCAGUACUUAGGCAACUAAGAAAAUAUUUCUUAAACCGCUUUGGGCUGAAUGUGUUCAAAAUGCAUUAUACACUGCUCAAAAAAAUAAAGGGAACACUUAAACAACACAAUGUAACUCCAAGUCAAUCACACUUCUGUUAAAUCAAACUGUCCACUUAGGAAGCAACACUGAUUGACAAUACAUUUCACAUAUUGUUCUGCAAAUGGAAUAGACAACAGGUGGAAAUUAUAGGCAAUUAGCAAGACACCCCCAAUAAAGGACCACUUCUCAGUUCCUAUGCUUCCUGGCUGAUGUUUUGGUCACUUUUGAAUGCUGGCGGUGCUUUCACUCUAGUGGUAGCAUGAGACGGAGUCUACAACCCACACAAGUGGCUCAGGUAGUGCAGCUCAUCCAGGAUGGCACAUCAAUGCGAGCUGUGGCAAGAAGGUUUGCUGUGUCUGUCAGCGUAGUGUCCAGAGCAUGGAGGCGCUACCAGGAGACAGGCCAGUACAUCAGGAGAUGUGGAGGAGGCCGUAGGAGGGCAACAACCCAGCAGCAGGACUGCUAACUCAGCCUUUGUGCAAGGAGGAGCAGGAGGAGCACUGCCAGAGCCCUGCAAAAUGACCUCCAGCAGGCCACAAAUGUGCAUGUGUCUGCUCAAACGGUCAGAAACAGACUCCAUGAGGGGGGUAUGAGGGCCCGACGUUCACAGGUGGAGGUUGUGCUUACAGCCCAACACCGUGCAGGACGUUUGGCAUUUGCCAGAGAACACCAAGAUUGGCAAAUUCGCUCUUCACAGAUGAAAGCAGGUUCACACUGAGCACAUGUGACAGACGUGACAGAGUCUGGAGACGCCGUGGAGAACGUUCUGCUGCCUGCAACAUCUUCCAGCAUGACCGGUUUGGUGGUGGGUCAGUCAUGGUGUGGGGUGGCAUUUCUUUGGGGGGCCGCACAGCCCUCCAUGUGCUCGCCAGAGGUAGCCUGACUGCCAUUAGGUACCGAGAUGAGAUCCUCAGACCCCUUGUGAGACCAUAUGCUGGUGCGGUUGGCCCUGGGUUCCUCCUAAUGCAAGACAAUGCUAGACCUCAUGUGGCUGGAGUGUGUCAGCAAUUCCUGCAAGAGGAAGGCAUUGAUGCUAUGGACUGGCCCGCCCGUUCCCCAGACCUGAAUCCAAUUGAGCACAUCUGGGACAUCAUGUCUCGCUCCAUCCACCAACGCCACGUUGCACCACAGACUGUCCAGGAGUUGGCGGAUGCUUUAGUCCAGGUCUGGGAAGAGAUCCCUCAGGAGACCAUCCGUCACCUCAUCAGGAGCAUGCCCAGGCGUUGUAGGGAGGUCAUACAGGCACGUGGAGGCCACACACACUACUGAGCCUCAUUUUGACUUGUUUUAAGGACAUUACAUCAAAGUUGGAUCAGCCUGUAGUGUGGUUUUCCACUUUAAUUUUGAGGGUGACUCCAAAUCCAGACCUCCAUGGGUUGAUACAUUUGAUUUCCAUUGAUAAUUUUUGUGUGAUUUUGUUGUCAGCACAUUCAACUAUGUAAAGAAAAAAGUAUUUAAUAAGAUUAUUUCAUUCAUUCAGAUCUAGGAUGUGUUAUUCUAGUGUUCCCUUAAUUUUUUUGAGCAGUGUAUAUUAACAGAAUUACUUUCUUACCUCAAUUAGCCACAAAAUCCCUAGUUUGAAAGCGACUGUUUUCUGGAAGCUGUGCCAUACCAUUUCCCCCCACGUGGACCAGCUCCCUAGCAAUUCAAGUUCUAGCCAAUGAGCUUCUACAUUUAAGUGAUUUAGCAGACGCUCUUAUCCAGAAAGACCUACAGGAGCAAUUAGGGAUAAGUGCCUUGCUCAAGGGCACAUCAACAGAUUUUUCACCUAGGGGAUUCGAACCAGCGACCUUUCGGUUACUGGCCCAACGCUCUUAACCGAUAGGCUACCUGCCACCACAUUUGAGUGAAAGCUAGAGGUCUGCCCAGCAUUAUCCCAUGAGGUUGCACGGUGGGCCCAUCUGCUCACACAGCAGAGAGAGAGAGAGAGCAAUGACAUGGUGCACAUAUCUGCACAUAUGUGACAUAGUAUGCAUUUUUCGGGGACCACUUUUGGCUCUUGAGUGCUUGUUACUGAAGGGGAAAGGCCUACAGUUAUGCAAUCUCAUUUAGCAGAAACUAAAUGGGUCAAUAUCUACCCCGUUGAGCUUACACUAAAAUUACUUUCAAUUAUUCCUCAACAGAAACAGGUUAGGAGUAAGGUCACCUUGAGCUUCUAGGACAAGAGAACAGGAAACAUUGAUUGGUUCUAAUAAAGAAAUCCAUAGAAUCCAUGACAUUUACAUGGAAAAGGAAUUCCUUGGUCUGUUUGAAUAGGAGCAGGUCAACUAAUCUCUGCAUUUUCUUUCUACAUCUUGUUUUUUAAAAUCUUUUUUCAGAAGGAAAAUCACUUAAGGACGACGAUGUAUUACAAAACCUACCCGUUGGGCCCACAGCAACCAUGUAUUUUAGGGACCUGGGCCCACAGAUCGGGUGGACAAUGGUAAGAACCAAUGACAGUACAGUACUAUAGAUUCAAACUGCAGUCCCCCAUUGGACUCUUAUGGACUUUCACAUUUUGACAAGAGCCUCUUCCUGUUUAUUUGACAUACGUACUGAAUACAUCUUACACACCCUCUUCUUCUGUUGGCAGGUGUUUUUAGCGGAGUACAUUGGCCCCCUGUUUAUCUACCUCCUGUUCUAUUUCCGAGUUCCGUACAUCUACUCACACCGGGAUGCCUUCACCUCCAGCCCCUACUCGGUGGUCACGUAAGUCAGUCACUAAUGCAACCGAUAAUAUACUGAUUGGUUUCAGAUGGGAUCCCAUCUAACAUUCAUCUGUCUCUCUCUUUCUCUGCCUCCAUCCGACCUCCCCUUCUCUCCAUCCAACCUCCCCUUCUCUCCAUCCGAACUCCCCUUCUCUCCAUCCGACCUCCCCUUCUCUCCAUCCAACCUCCCCUUCUCUCCAUCCAACCUCCCCUUCUCUCCAUCCGACCUCCCCUUCUCUCCAUCCGACCUCCCCUUCUCUCCAUCCGACCUCCCCUUCUCUCCAUCCGACCUCCCCUUCUCUCCAUCCAACCUCCCCUUCUCUCCAUCCAACCUCCCCUUCUCUCCAUCCAACCUCCCCUUCUCUCCAUCCAACCUCCCCUUCUCUCUUCCUCACCUGACUAUCUGUCACUGUCUCUCUCUCUUUCUCAUGCUUUCUCUUUUUCACUCUCUGUCUUUCCUUCUCUCUCUUAUAUAUAUAUAUAUAUACUGUAUAUCUGUCACUGUCUCUCUCUAUAUAUAUACUGUAUAUCUGUCUCUCUCUCUCUAUAUAUAUAUAUAUACUGUAUAUCUGUCUCUCUCUCUCUCUCUCUCCUUCUCUCCUUCUCUCUCCUUCAGACUAGCCUGUGCCUGUCACACCUGCCACUACAUCAAGAGGUUGAUUGAGACUAUCUUUGUGCACCGGUUCUCCCGUGGUACCAUGCCUCUCAGGACUAUAGUCAGGGUACGGACUGCAUCUGCUCCAGAACACUGUUCCACUCUCACUCGGGCUACUGUACUUCAAGGCCAUGUACUUUACAGUACUACUAGCGUACCUUACAGUGCUUAUAGCGUACUUUACAGUGCUACUUUACAUUGAGGUCGUACUUUACAAUAUAUGGACAAUAACAACCAUGCUCCUCAAAUUCUCAAUACAAAACAUUACAUUUUAGUCAUUUAGCAGACGCUCUUAUCCAGAGCGACUUACAGGAGCAAUUAUGGUUAAGUGCCUUGCUUAAGGGCACAUCGACAGAUUUUUCACCUAGUCGGCUCGGGGAUUAGAACCAGCGACCUUUCGGUUACUGGCACAACGCUCUUACCCACUAAGCUACCUGCCGCCUUUUACAUCCAGUCACAUUCUCUCUUUGUCCUAUCAAAGGUUUCUUAUACACUACAGUACUAUCAGUAGAGCAUCAAAAUGUCAUUAGAAAUAUAUCUGAGCUUGAUAAGAAACCGAAUUGACAGUGUGGUUACUGGUGUUUCCCACUCUCUCUGUCAGAACUGUGUAUAUUACUGGACCUUCUCGGCAUGGUUGGCUUACUACAUCAACCAUCCACUGUACACACCUCCAUGUAAGUCCUCUAGCAUUCAGACCGACCACUCAGUGCCUCCACAAGACUUACAGUCCCUCCUCAACUCCAUACGUAGGUGGUGCACCACAUCACGACAAUAACAAUAUCACUUCUCUACGGACCGCUCAACAAAAAACAUCCAACUAACCGAUGGUUUUAUGUCUCUCCACAGCGUAUGGGGACAUGCAAGUGAACUAUGCGUUGGCCAUAUUCGUGGUAUGUAUUGGGCUGACAGCACCCAAUGAGGGUCGUAAACAUGAGACAUCAUUAUUACAGAUUGCUGCGAAGUGUGUGGAACCGGAAGUGUGAAGGGUGUGGAACCGGAAGUGUGAAGGGUGUGGAACCGGAAGUGUGAAGUGUGUGGAACUGGAAGUGUGAAUUGUGUGGAACCGGAAGUGUGAAAUGUGUGGAACCGGACGUGUGAAGUGUGUGGAACCGGACGUGUGAAGUGUGUGGAACCGGAAGUGUGAAGUGUGUGGAACCGGAGGUGUGAAGUGUGUGGAACCGGAAGUGUGAAGUGUGUAGAACCGGAAGUGUGAAGUGUGUGGAACCGGAGGUGUGAAGUGUGUGGAACCGGAAGUGUGUGGAACCGGAUAUAUGUUUGUGUUUUGAAUGCAGCUCUGUGAGGCUGGGAAUUUCUCCAUUCACGUGGCCCUCAAUAACCUCAAGGCAGAAGGUGGGCCCAAGUGCAGAAAGUUCCCUCACCCGACGAAGAACCCAUUCACAUGGCUCUUCUUCCUCGUGUCCUGUCCCAACUAUACCUAUGAGGUAAGGAUGAAGGCUAUAACCAUGUAAAUAGAACCUGUCUCUAUGGUUACAACAUGUUAUGACUAUAUGGCUGUGGUCUAUGGGAUUUAUUUAGGUAGGAGCCUGGGCAAGUUUCUCCGUCAUGACCCAGUGUCUUCCAGGUCAGUUGAUUCAUAUCACAUUUUAUACAUUUUCUAAUUUCAGGUAUAUUUGCCAUAUUUAAUGAAUACUACUCACUCAAGCAUUUAUAUUUCCUCUACUCGUGUGUUGCACCGUGCUGCCACUAAGGUACAAUCUAUUAUGUAUCUGUCUCUCCACAGUGGCCUUGUUCACCUUCUUAGGGUUGAUCCAGAUGACCACCUGGGCCAAAGGGAAGCAUAAAGCCUACACCAGGGAGUUUAAGGACUACCCCCACCUGCGCAUGCCAAUCCUUCCACUCCUCCUCUGA